UAGAUAGAUAGAUAGAUGGAUGGUUUUCAGUGAGUUACUUCUCAACCUAUCAGUCACAUAAACCGUAGAUGGAAUUAUUUAAUCUAUGUACAACAAUGGUUAUUUUUAGAGGAGAGGAGCUGUAUUUUGUACAGAAUCAAAAGAAUGUUAAGGAAGCCUAGUAAAAGUUCUUAGGAAGCAGGUGGAAUCUUCAGACAAUUCCAUGGCAGUGCUAUUGGUGCUCACUGGCAUUUCCAAAACCAAGGAUGCCUCAUCAAUACUUUACUACUGGCCUGGAAUGACUCAAGACAUAGAGAAAUGGGUUUCGGAAUGCCCAGACUGUCAAAAAAAAAGAGAGAAGACUUCUAUAAAAUUGUCAAUAAUACAAAUUGAAAAAUGAGUUCAACAUUAUCUGUGAUUAAUUCACAAUAUCACCGCAGCUUUGAUAUAAAUGGUUAUAAACCUCUUGAAAAGGGUACCUUUUCAUUGGAGUUUGACAGAGAGAAACAAACAGGACGCAAGUUUUCUGAUUCCACGAAGCUGAGGUACCUAGUUAAAUCAAGUGAGAGGCCUAACUUCGAUUUGAGAGAAGGGUAUCCGGACAGAUACAUCAAAAUGGACCGCAGCAUGAAGGAAGGGCUGAGUCAUAUGCUGGAGUGGAUUCUAAAGGAGAACUAUGUUCUUCAACCUGGCACAUUUGUCGGGCGACGAGGGUACCUCACAAAGAUCCUCACCACUCCCUAUGAGAACAAUGAGGGCUGGCUGUUGGCAGUGAGCCUGUUUAACGGGACAUAUUACUUCAGAGAGAUGGAGACUGAAGCAGCCAGGAGGUUCAAGGAGACCCGCAAUGCCAGACUUGAAGAGAUGACGUACUGGGGGUACAAGUUUGAACACUACAUGUGCACAGAUGAACCCAAUGGCAAACCAAACACCAAAGGGGUAGUGAACAGCAAUGAGGGUUACUACACUGUUGUGGAGUCCAAGAUCAAUGAACACACGCUGUUAUUUUCCGGGGAGGUUGAUUGUAAAAAUGAAACCCCACUCUACCAGACCGCUCCAAGUUAUUAUGUAGAGCUGAAAACAAAUGCUAAGCUUGUCAACCAAAAUAAGAACUAUCAGUUUCGCAGGUACAAACUGCUGAAGUGGUGGGCUCAGUCCUUUUUGGCUGGGGUUCCACUAAUUGUUGCUGGCUUCAGAACUGAAGAUGGGAUCGUCAAAGAAACCAAGCCAUAUAAAACGUCAGAGAUACCAGCGUUAGCUGCGGCAGAUUCUCGUUCCUGGAAACCUACCACGUGUAUGGAAUUCAUCAAUGCUUUUCUGUCCUUUAUAAAGAGCGAGGUUACACAGGAUGAUCCCGGGGUGGUGUAUCUUUUCUCUUGGGAACCCAAAGAUGAUGUCUCUUACACAGUUCACAGAGAUCCAAAAUAUACUUUCUUGCAUGAUUGGUAUGUGGAGGGAAUGACAAAGAGAGCCAGAGUUUAGGAGACAAUGAUCUGCAACUCUGAGACAAACAUGUCCAUAAAUCUGCAGAUAUGCAUCAUAUGCUAUUGGUUUUGCUUUUUGUAAUGAGAUUGAUAGGUAAAAAUGCUAGGAAAGUUGUUUAAAAAAAAAAAAAAAAAUAUUGCGUGUGAAGUUUGUGUGAAAUCACUGGUAGCUGUCACAAACUAGUCAGCUAUUUUCAAAUGCAUAAGCUCUGUUUUUUACUCACUCUUAUUUUGGUUAACAUCGCGCUGUAGUCUGGAUGAAGCAUGCUCAGAAACUAAGGCACAUAUUGUUCUAAACUUGGAAAAAUGUGCUUUUUUUUUUAAACGGCACAGAGGUUGGAGUUUCAUCACUUCUUUUAGUGCAACAUGACUCUGCCGGUGUUGAGCAGCAAUGUCAAAUUAAAAACAUUUGAUAUGUUUAAACCUGUAACAUUAUAAAUAAACCUAAUCUAAACGGUCCUUUAUUCAUUUGAAUAAAUAUUGUUAAAGAUGGAAAUCACAUAGAAUGUUCACCGAAUGAAUAUAUAUAUAUAUAUAUAUAUAUAUAUAUAUAUAUAUAUAUAUAUAUAUAUAUAGUACCAGUCAAAAGUUUGAGUACACCUGCUUGAAACCAGGUUUUUCAUGAUUAUCUAUGCUUUUAACUGUAUUUUAUUGUAUUACUUGUAUUGUAACACUUGAAAUGUAUUCACUUACGAUUGUAAGUCGCCCUG